UGUACUUCCUCCUCAAACGCGAUGAUGAAAACCUGAGGCCCGCCGCGCUACGGGAGCCCCCACGGAACAGUAUUUCCUCAACGAGGACACCUGCCUUUCGGUACUCCAUGUUUCCCUAUCCUCUGAAGAGUUUGGGUCAAGACUGGACCACACCGUUAGAGGAUCUGCAGAGGUAUUGCUGGAACAGACACAUUUCCAGUUGUCUGAGGUGGCCUGGACAUUACUCACGUGCCCCUUACCCAUACCUGAGUAGCAGGCAUUUCUCACUGAACUGUAGACCACCUCUUCUUUUUGAGUCUGGAACUCAGUUUCAGUACUACAAUUGGAGACCUGACCAUCUGAGCAACACAUCCUUGAUGCAUCUCUCCAGUUACAUCAUGAACUCUGACAAAGAUGAGCCCUCGUCCAAACGAAGAAAGCGCCAUGGAACAAUAAAAAGGAAUUGGGAGUAUUUAUGUAGCCAUAAUAAAGAAAAAACGAAAGAGCUAGAAGACAAAAAUGUUGAGUCCACGUGUGAGGACAGUGAAGAAAAGUUUGACUUUUCAGUGAUGUCUUACAAUAUACUCUCACAAGAUCUAUUGGAGGACAAUUCACACCUCUACAGACACUGCCGGCGUCCAGUGUUACAUUGGAGCUUCCGUUUUCCCAAUAUUCUGAAAGAAAUCAAGCAUUUUGAUGCAGAUGUGCUCUGUCUGCAGGAAGUUCAAGAAGACCAUUAUGGAACAGAGAUCAGGCCAAGUCUGGAAUCACUGGGUUAUCACUGUGAAUAUAAGAUGAAGACAGGAAGGAAACCCGACGGCUGUGCCAUUUGCUUCAAACACUCCAAAUUUUCACUCCUGUCAGUGAACCCAGUGGAGUUCUGCCGCCGUGACAUUCCACUGCUGGACAGGGACAACAUCGGACUGGUGUUACUCCUGCAGCCCAGGACCCCACAUGCUGCCUCCCCCUCCAUCUGUGUGGCUAACACACAUCUGCUGUAUAACCCACGGCGAGGAGAUAUUAAGCUCACACAAUUGGCAAUGCUGCUUGCAGAGAUUUCCAGUGUGGCCCAUAGGAAAGACGGUAGCUUCUGCCCCAUCGUCAUGUGUGGUGACUUUAAUUCUGUUCCUGGUUCUCCACUCUAUAGUUUCAUAAAGGAAGGAAAACUGAAUUAUGAAGGACUUGCAAUUGGAAAGGUAUCUGGCCAGGAACAGUCUUCACGGGGACAGAGAAUUUUAUCUAUUCCAAUUUGGCCCCCAAACCUAGGCAUCUCUCAGAAUUGUGUAUAUGAGGCACAGCAGGUUCCCAGAGUAGAAAAGACAGACAGCGAUAGCCAUCUGACGGAAGCACAGCUGGAGAAGACAGAGGUCCUAAUGUCAGCUGAAAACGUGUCUUCACAUCUGCAGCACCACUUCAGCUUGUCAUCUGUCUAUUCUCAUUACCUUCCUGACACUGGACUUCCAGAGGUGACCACCUGCCAUUCCCAAAGCGCCAUAACUGUGGAUUACAUUUUCUACUCUGCAGAGAAGGAGGGUGCUUCCAGGGGUCCAGGAGCUGAAGUUGCUUUGGUUGGGGGCUUGAAACUUCUAGCUAGACUGUCGCUUCUUACAGAGCAAGACCUGUGGACUGUGAAUGGACUUCCCAAUGAACACAACUCCUCAGACCACCUGCCUCUACUGGCCAAGUUCAGGCUUCAACUCUGACUCUGUUGCUCACUUACACAAUUUCCUGUCUUCUCAAAGGCUGUAAAGAUAUUUUUCACUGUU